AUGUCUCUACCAACACCCGAAAUAGUGGCAGCGGACAAACUCCGAACGGAAGAGAAGCUCCUGCUAGCUCAGGCUGUUCAUAAACACGGUGCCCUCGAUUGGACUUUGAUCUCUAAAUUGAUUUCUCAACAUCCGUACGUGAUUGGGGAUGCGCAGAGAGGGGAUAUUUUCACUCCUGAGAAAUGUGAGGAAGCUUAUGUAGGGUUGAUGCAGAGUAUAGGGAUGAAUGUACCAGCAGAAGGCGCUCUCAAACCUCAAGCCAAAGUCCAUCUUCGUCUUGCCCAGACUUUCUACCUCGCUCGAAUGCAAGAGCUCAAAUCUACGAUCGAAUCUUAUGAAGCGCGAUUCACCACUCUGGUCUCAGAGAUUGAAGAUAUCAAAUCUGGCAAGAUGGACAAUGCCAUCGUUUCUGAGCUUCGGGGGGUUCUGGAGAGAAAAUAUGGGAAAAGGUUAUUGGAUUCUUGGAUACCAGCGAAAGAAGAGGUCAUAGCUGCUGCCGCGGCUGGAGCUCCCUCUCGUACACCUUCACCUGACCCGAAUAUCACAUCCAAUGCGGAUACACGGGAGGAAGAGGAAAAAAAGCAGUCGACCGAUGUGGACAGACUCCAGGAAAAAACGGAGAAGUCACAUGGAGUAGUAAACGAUGAGGAGCCGAUUCAGGUCAAGUCGACUGAAGCGGAACUUGAUGAGGAAUCUUUGGAGAUUGAAGAACCGGUCGAGAACAUUGAGCCGCUCGAACCCAUAGAAAGACCUCCAGUCGUAACAGUGAAAGAUGAGGAAGAUCAAGAUCAAGUAGUCUCAUCUGACGAAGAAUCAAAUCGUUCAGAAACUCCCCUUUCUCCCGCUCCUUCCGCAACCACAGCUGACACUCCUGCUAUACGACGCGGUAAACGUAAAGCUUCUCUCCCACCUUUAGACCUUCCUCGACCUAAACGAACUACUCGAAAAAGCGGUCAAUCACCUAUGCCGCCACCUGGAUUGCCCGAAACGCCAAUGGAAGUGGAUCAGCCGGAAGUGGAAGAAGGCUCAAAGCGGAAAGGUAGAAAGUCGAAAAGGGAUUCAUUAAAAGUCGGUUCUCCUGCUUUAUCGACCAGAACCAGAGAAUCUUCUCCCGCCGUAUCGCGUAGAGCACCUUCUGUCACUUCUGUAGUCUCUUCCGUUCAGACUGAGGAGAAACGAGGAAAGGGCGCAAAGAAGGGAAGACCAAGUCGAAGUUUGGGAAUGAGAGAUGAGGUGGUCAGUAAAGCUGUGAGAGAGACUGAAUCCGUCGUUCCUGAUUCACCUGACGAUAAACCGUCCACAAGAUCUGGUAGAAAGAAAGGUGAAGAGAAAGAAACGCCAGCGAAGGAGAAAGAGGAGAGAAAGACAAGACAAUCAGCUAGGAAGGGUUCAGAAACGAAAGACACGAUGGUUGAUUCCAUAGGAGCAGAGAAGGAGACUCGUUCGAGGAAGACGAGAGGAAAGGAAAAGGAAAAGGUAAAGGAUGAACCUGGAACGGAGAGUGUGGGGGAGAGAACUGCAAGUCAGUCGGAACAACCAAGUUUAGCGGAAUCAGCACCGAGUGCUAUCGUGGAGACUUCAGCGACUGGAAGAGUUACCAGAAGGGGUAGGAACAGUUUACCAAAGGAUCAGAGGAAUUUACAGAGGUUAUUGUUGUCAUUGUUGGAGGAGAUUAUGGGGCAUAAAUGUGCACCGGUAUUUACCAAUCCAGUGAGGAAGUCGGAUGCUUCAGACUACUACGACGUGAUCAAACGACCUAUGGAUUUGAAAACUGUUCGAGCGAGAGUGAGAGAUGGAACCAUUGGGAGUAUCGAUGAAUGCGAGCGAGACAUUCUAUUGAUUUUUGCAAACGCACAAAUGUAUAACAACCGAGGAACCGAAGUCUAUCAAAUGGCUGAAGAGAUGCUCAAGGAUGUGGAGACGACGUUUGCUCAUUAUCGAUCUAUGCAACAUGACCUAGAGAGGCCGAAAACGUUUUCAGAUGUACAGCUUUGUAAGUGGAUCAGUGGGGAUACUACAGUGAGACACAAUUCAACCAUCAUGCCAAUCCCUCCUCGUCCAAUUCCACGUUCUCGACCAGGUCAUCAAGUACCUAGGAAAUCUAAACCUUCUUCGUCAUUGGAAUAUCAAGCCGAAUUAGAUUUAGUCCCUCAUUUCCCUCGUUCUGCCCCUGUAGGGAAUCAUGGUCCCAGGGUCAUCCAUCGAUCACAGAAAGAAGCGGAGGAGAUAGCUCGUAAGAAGGCGGAAGAAUUGGAAAUGGGGAGAAAAGGAAAGGUCGGAUUGGAAGAAUUGGUCGAAGGUGCUCCUAGAGGUAGAGAAAAGAAAUUGACAGUUGCAUCUUCAUUAGGAUACGAUUUCAUUCCUAAUCCUUCCAUCUUAUCACUUGAUCCACCCAAACCACCUAAUCAGAAAUCAUUCUUAUCUUCCAAUAGAUGGUUAUUACUUCCUCCCACACCAACAUUACUACCUUCUCGUCCUACCUCACAACCGAUCCUUACCUCUCAAACAGAUCUGAACUCAAUCCCUGCGAUCCCCGGAGAUGGUCAAGAUGAUCAAGUCACGAAAAUACUGAAGGAUACAGUUGAGGUCAGAGAGUUGGAAAUGGAUAGUGAAGAAGAAGAUGAUUGGGAACAUGUUUCUUUCCAAGAAACAGAAAUGAGUUGGAAGGAAAUAGACGAGGAAGAAGAAGAAGAAGGACAUGUCAUCGUUUUUGGUGAAAUGGAAAUGGACAUUCCUGAAAACCCUCAACUUGAAAUAAACGAUAAAUUCUCAAAAGGAGAUAAGGGAAAACGUGUUGAGAGAAAAGUAGGAAAAGGAAUAGAUAAAGUGAUGAAAGAAGAUAAAGAGAAAAGGAUCAUGACUUAUGCUUCUGUCGUUGGGAAAUGA